AUGCGUGUGCAGGAUCUCGCUGAGGAGUUCAAUUCCUUUCAGCAACGCGUCGAUACUCAUUUUGAUGAUCAUCAAUCGUUGAUGUCUCGCGUCGAGAACAAUCAAUCUAGGAUUGAAACUCGUCUCGAUGAUUAUCAAACUCAAAUGAAUUUGAUAGUUUCUCAAUUACAGCAACUCAAUACUACUGUUCUGGCUUUUGAUAUGCGCCACCGUGAACCUUCGAUACGACCUCCACCAUCUCCUCCACUAAAUGGUGUUCCUUCGGCUCCGUUUGAAUUGCGACAACCGGAUGGUGUUUCUUCGGCUCCGAAUGGAUCACGAGUGGAUACAGAUAUUCGGAAUUUAUCACGAGCGAUUCGAUUGGAAAUUCCUAUGUUCAGUGGCGUAGAUCCAAAUAAUUGGAUUUUUCGGACUGAACUGUUCUUUGUUCUUCAACAAAUUCCGGAAGAGAGUAAGGUGCCUAUUGCUGGAUUGCGCAUGGAAGGCAUGGCAUCCGCGUGGUAUCAGUGGAUGUUCAGCAGCGGUAUGCUUCGUUCGUGGGGAGAGCUAUCACGUUCUUUGCGUGAGAGGUUUGGGGCCUCUACUUAUACAAAUUUGAAGGGGGUUCUUUCUAAAUUGACCCAAUCUGGAUCCUUGUGUGAUUACAUGCAACAGUUUGAGAUGUUGCUCAAUCAAGUCCCUGGCCUUGAUGGUGAUUUGUAUCUGAGUUUCUUCGUCUCGGGAUUGCAACCAGAGCUCAAGAGUGCAGUUCAACUUCGUUGUCCACAGAAUUUGCACCAGGCAAUGCAACAAGCAAUGGCCUUUGAUGAUCAUCACUCAGAACUCCGAGCGUCUUUUGCUGUUGGGGGAAAGAAAUGGGUUCCUAAAGGUCAUGGUUCUUAUGAUAAUUUGGGACCUUCUACUCGCGGUUCCUCCAAUUCUACUGGUCCUCAUCUUCAAGCUUCCAUUCCUCAGCUUACCGGUUCUAAGCAGCCGUUAGCUUUACCUCCACCGCCGGCUAUGAAGAGAUUUUCACAUGCAGAUCUGCAAAAGAAACGCGAGUUAGGGCUCUGUUAUUAUUGUGAAGAGAAGUGGAAUUCUAAACAUGUAUGCAAGAACAAGUUUUUGUUCAUGGUGGGAUUUGAAGACGAAUUUCAGCAAGAACCAGAAGAGGAGGAGGAGAUUGUUUGGCACUCUGAAGAUUUGACUAAGGUACCCAGAGAUGGAGCUUUACACGUGUUAGGUGGUACCACAGAUGUUUCCAUUGAAAUACAAGGACACUUGUUCGUUGUAAAUCUAUGGGUAUUGGACUUACAUGAUCUCAAGGUUGUGCUGGGCAUGCCAUGGUUGGAAAGGUUGGGCAAGGUUACUCAUGACUAUGUGCAUUUGACCAUGGAGUUCAUACAGGAGGGAAAGCAGAUCAUUCUGGAAGGACACAAGGAGCUUGCUAAUUCUAAGAUAUCGAUGGAUGCUAGUGAAGCAGCCUUGGUUCACUGUUUUGCUUUAAUUGAAACACAGGAGGAGCAGAAUUCACUUCCAAAACCCGAGUUAUUGGCUCUCAAGGAUUCCAUUUCUGAAGUGUUAUGGUCUGUUUUGUUAGAGCAUCAGCAGGUGUUCCAAAUUCCUAAUGAGCUUCCACCAUUUAGAGGCUUGGAUCAUACUAUCCAUGUGGUUGAGGGAUCAAAGCCAGUGAGUGUCAAACCUUAUCGUUAUGCACAUCAUCAGAAAUCGGAAAUAGAAAAGCAAGUUUCUGAGUUAAUUGCUACUGGGUUUAUACAGCAUUCCCAAAGCCCCUACUCAUCUCCGGUUCUAUUAGUGCGCAAACAAGAUAAUACUUGGAGGAUGUGUGUCGAUUACCGGGCCUUGAAUGCUAUCACAAUCAAGGAUAGGUUCCCUAUUCCCACAAUAGAUGAACUCCUUGAUGAGUUGGGUGGUGCCAAAGUGUUUAGUAAGUUGGAUUUGAGGGCUGGUUAUCACCAAAUUAGAGUCUUACCUCAAGAUGUCCAGAAAACAGCCUUUAGAACUCAUGAAGGUCAUUAUGAGUUCUUAGUCAUGCCCUUUGGCUUGACCAAUGCUCCUGCAACAUUCCAAGCUGUCAUGAACCACCUAUUUAAGCCUUAUUUGCGUCAGUUCAUAAUCGUUUUCUUUGAUGACAUUUUGGUGUUCAGCAAGACCAUGGAAGAGCAUGCUGUGCACUUGGAUGUGGCCCUAGGCUGUCUUAGAAUGCACAAGUUCUUUGUCAAGCUGUCUAAAUGUUCAAUUGGAGCAAAUUCCAUUGAAUAUCUUGGUCAUAUUGUAUCUAAUCAAGGAGUAGAGGCAGAUCCGAAGAAGAUUAAAGCAAUGGUAGACUGGCCUUUGCCAUGCAAUGUGAAACAACUGAGAGGAUUCUUGGGACUCACAGGAUACUAUCGACGUUUUGUGCGCAAUUAUGCAAUGAUAGCUACUCCACUAACUGACAUAUUGAGAGCAUCAGCAAGAUUUGAGUGGUCAGCGGAAGCUUCUCAUGCAUUUCAACGUCUGAAGGAGGCUAUGUCAGGUAUCCCUGUUUUACUUUUACCUGAUUUCACCUCUUCCUUUGUAAUUGAGACAAAUGCUUCGACUAAUGGAGUGGGUGCAGUUUUAUUGCAGCAAGAAAGACCCUUAUCCUUCUUCAGCAAGAAGCUAGGACCGAGAAUGGCUAAUGAAUCCACUUAUGUGAGGGAGCUUUAUGCAAUCACUUCUGCUGUUAAACGCUGGAGGCAAUAUCUCCUGGGAUCUUCAUUUGUAAUUCGGACAGACCAUAAAAGUAUCAAAGAAUUGCUUACUCAGACCAUUCAGACCAAUGAACAGCAGAAAUACUUAUGUAAAUUGUUGGGUUAUACUUUUAAAAUUGAGUAUAAGGCUGGCAAAGCUAACGUUGUAGCUGAUGCAUUGUCCCGAAUGCAUGAAGAUGGAGCCAUCAAUGCUUUAGUCUCUGAACCUGUGUUUAGUGUGCUGGAUGAAGUGAUAAAACAGAACAAAGAGGACCCAUUUUUGCUGCAUCACCAUCAGCAAAUUGUUUUGGACCAGUGA